AUGAAGUAUCACGCUCUCUUGCUGGCCGCCUCGGCCGCCAACAUGGUCUUCGCCAAGAAGUCCUGCCCGCCCCGUAGCCGUAUCACGACGACCGUUACCUACACCGUCUACCCCGGCCGCACGACCUUGUCCCCCGUUCUGCCGACUUCUGUCGUUCAGCCGGCCCCCGUCGAGACCUCCGAAUCGUCUCAGCCCUCCGAGCCCUCCCAGCCUCCCGCCGUGGAGAACCCGCCCGCAGCGAGCUCUCAGGCCGCUCAAGCGGCGUCGUCGAGUGCUCCUAGCGCUCCGGUUGCUUCCACGGCACCCAUCGGCAACGGUGGUGUCAAGCAGGGCAAGUCCACCUUUUACGGCGGUAACACCUCCGGCGGCAUGUGCUCCUUUUCCACUUACACCAUCCCCUCCGGCUUGUUUGGAACCGCCUUUUCUGGCCAAGCCUGGGAUUCAGCCUCCAAGUGCGGUGCUUGCGUCAAGGUCACGGGCCCUAACGGCAAGAGCAUCACCGCCAUGAUCGUUGACCAGUGCCCCGAGUGUGAUGAGGCCCAUCUCGAUCUCUUCCAGGAGGCCUUCGCCCAGAUCGGCACCAUCUCCGAUGGUAUUAUCUCGACUUCCUACGAGUUCGUUGAGUGCGGCAUCACUUCGCCCAUCAAGUUGCACAACAAGUCGGGCACCUCGCCGUACUGGUUCUCCAUGCAAGUCCUCAACCACAACGAGCCCGUCAAGUCCCUCGAGGUCAGCACCGACGGAGGAGCAACUUGGCAGCAGACGACGCGCAAGGAGUACAACUUCUUUGAGAACCCCAGCGGUUUCGGUACCAACACCGUCGAUGUUAAGGUGACGAGCGAGUCUGGAAAGACGACGACUGCCAAGAACGUCAGCAUUCAGGCCGAUUCGGAACACCUGGCGUCCUCCAACUUCUAA